GUCUACGCCGCCAGGGCCAGGAGCAAGGACUCGGAGAAGUUAGUCGAAUUGGAGAUCAUGGAAGGCUUGCGGGGCCGUGCUCGGGACGUUGUACAAGACAUGAGGAUCACCGACACCGAAAAGGGGAAAAGGGGCUGCGCCGAGCCCCCCCGGUUCGGCGGGCGGCGCGCCAGUGCCAGCGCGGACUGCGGCCCGCGCGGCCUCGCCGCGAGGGGAGGGGUGGCCGGGCGGCAGCGCGAGACAAGGAUUGCCGCGAGGAUCCAGCCAGCCGAGCGCAGCAACCGCCGGGGGCCCGGCGAGACUGGCGCCCCAUUCCCGCUGAAACUUUUGUCCGCCGCGGCCGUCGACGGCGCGGAGGCCGCGCCGGCAAUCUGUCGCUUGAAGGGCGGCGCGUCUGGCCCCAGCGACAUCGCGAUGAUCAGGCGCAGGACAUCGGCCGCCUCGACGUCCGAGUGGGCGGAGUUGUUCGCUCAUCCCGCGCGGCCGCUGCCGCCCGUGCCAGAGUCGCCCGAGUCUCGCCCGGAAGCGAAGGUCAAGGUCGCGAACGGCGAGGCGAAGGCCCGCCAGAGCCAGCUCGUGGCCACCCGCAGGGGCGUCGAGAUGGAUGGCGUCGUGGGCCAGGAAGGCGCUGGCAUGUGCAUCGCGGUGGGCCUUGCUGAGGGAGCUCAAAGUGCAGGCUCAGAGGUCUGGAGGCCCCGCGUCGCGGGCGAGCCCGGCAAGCUAGUGAUCGAGCCGGCGGUGGAACUCAGCAAGCGCGGCAGUUCGGCGGAGCCGCGGAUCUUGCCUGUCAGCUUCCUCGACGGGCUGGGGGGCGCGGCCGCGUCGAUUGCGCGCGCAGGCAUUGCCAUCGCCGGCUGCAGCAGCAGCGAGACGGAUCAACGGGGCCAGGCUGGCGCUGCGCUCGCGUUGGCCUGGUCUGGCUGGGAUAGUCGGCGGCCCCGUCUCAAUUGGUCGUCCCGGGGGAAGUCGGCCCUCGUGCCCCCCGGGGUGAUCGUGGAGCCGGAAGCCAGCUACAACCUCAUCUCACCACUCGAGGUGGAGCUCGGGCAAAACAUCGCCGAGGCGAGCUUCCGAGGUUCCACUGCCGAGCUCGAGGUGAAGGACCUGCUGGGCGAGACCGUUGAAUUCUCCCAGGACCCCGUCCGAGAGACUUCGUCCGGCAGCGAGAUGGCGGAAGUAUCCCGGGCGAUUGCGGGGAAGUCAGGUCGCGCGGGGCCCGCGCACCUGCGCCAAAAGGCAGUGAGCGCUCCCCUCGGGCACAGGACCCGUGCCACCUUGUUCAGGAGAUCGAAGGUGAUGCGCCUGCACAGCUCGCAGGCGUACUGGUCAGAGCUGGAGCCGCUCGACCUGGCGGGG